CCCGGCAUGGCGGGGCCGCGUGGGGGCCGGCCGGCGCGGCUCUCUGCCCGGGCAGGCAGCACCAGCAGCGGCGGCGGUGGGUGCUGCUGGGCGCUGCCCACGGGGCUGCUGUGCGCCUACGGCUUCUUCUGCAGCGUGCGGCCCUCCGAGCCUUUCCUCACCCCGUACCUGCUGAGGCCGCACAAAAACCUCUCCGAGACCCAGGUGUUCAACAAGAUUUACCCGGUGUGGACUUACUCCUACCUGGCGCUGCUGUUCCCGGUGUUCCUGGCCACGGACUACUUGCGGUACAAGCCUGUGGUCCUGCUGCAGGGCCUGAGCCUCAUCGUUACCUGGUUCAUGCUGCUGUACGCAGAGGGGCUGAGGGCCAUCCAGUUACUUGAGUUCUUCUACGGGAUGGGGACUGCCACCGAUAUCGCCUAUUACUCCUAUAUCUACAGCAUCGUCGAUAUCAACCUGUACCAGAAGGUCACCAGCUACUGCCGGAGUGCCACCCUGGUAGGCUACACGGUGGGCUCUGUGUCCGGGCAAGUCCUUGUGUCAGUGGCAGGAUGGUCCCUCUUCAGCUUGAACGUUAUCUCCUUAACCAGCAUAUCCAUUGCCUUUGGCACAGCGUGGUUCCUGCCAAUGCCGCAGAAAAGCCUUUUCUUUCACCAUGUCUCAAGUCAGCAGCUCAGUUGGGAAAUGAAGGUCAUGGACUGUAAAAAUGGAUCGGCUGUCCAAGAUCAUCCCAGUGUGCAGAGGGCACCCGGCUGGGAGGAUGAGACUAAAGUUCCCUUAAACGGGGAAGGUCAUUCGGUAGAGAAACAGUCUGUGCAGGAGCAGAAAGUAGACAUUAUAAAGGUGCUCAAAGAUCUCUGGCAGGACUUCCUGCAGUGCUACUCCUCCCAGACCAUGCUUUGCUGGUCUGUGUGGUGGGCACUAUCCACCUGCGGCUACUUCCAGGUCAUCAACUAUGCUCAGGGCCUGUGGGAGAUGGUGCUGCCUUCUCAUAGCACAGAGAUCUACAAUGGUGCCGUGGAGGCAGCCUCAACGCUGCUAGGAGCUGUUGCAGUUUUUGUUGUGGGUCACAUAAAAAUGUCUUGGGCAAUGUGGGGUGAAGUAGCACUUGCCCUGUUCUCCUUUCUUAUUGCUGCUGCUGUAUAUAUCAUGGACACUGUUCGUAACAUCUGGGUGUGCUAUGCAUCCUAUGUUGUCUUCAGAAUUAUCUACAUGCUGCUAAUUACGACAGCAACGUUCCAGAUCGCUACGAAUCUCAGUGUGGAGCGGUAUGCCCUGGUAUUUGGAGUCAACACUUUCAUUGCCUUAACACUUCAGACUCUGCUCACUUUGGUUGUUGUAGAUUCCAGUGGGCUUGGGCUGGACAUCUUCACCCAGUUCAUGAUUUAUGCCUCUUACUUUGCGGCCAUCUCCCUGGUGUUCUUGGGCAGUGGCAUAUACAGUAUUAUAAGAGCUUACAGAAGACAAGAGCAGAUUCAGAGCAGAUCUCCUGAAAGCCAGUAGAGCACCAGGUGAAGACUCUUGGUGGCUACAUAUGAAGAUAUAGGUCUGUUUUUUAAUCUUUGCCUUUUCUUCCAAGGCAGUCAUCUGAAUGGUAUUUGAUCUAUAUUUAUACUAUAUUAGUAGCACAUUUUAGAAGGUAAAUGUAUUAGCUCUUACGUGAGUAAGAACAAAUAUCUUUCUAAAAUGCCUUUUGUUCUUCUGUUGCAUCUAUGGAUGUGCAGCAAAGAACAGUAAGUUCUCUCAAAGAGUGAAAGCCUUGGGAGGUUUUAAUCUAAGGCUAUGCAUCUGGAAGCUGCCAUUGAAAAAGCAGCUUCAUGAUUGUCUAGUCAGCUGCUGCUCUCUGUCACUGAGGUGCUGCUGUGGGGUAGAAGUGGGAGCACACUAACAGACCUCUCUGUGGAGAGCCCCAGCCCUGGAACACGAGCUGGCGUUGAGCCUGUACUCUGCAGUGUAGCUCUUGCUGUGGCUGUCCCAUGAUGCUGGGUGCUCUGUUUUGAGGACUAGUACGCUUAUGUUUUUGCAUAUGCACAUUCUUCCAUGAGUUGCUUAUACGGUUCCUGUCUGUCACCCCAGCUGCCAGAGCUGAUCAUGGUGCUUCCUCAAAAACUUAACAGUCCCAAGGUAAUAUGUGACAUUGGUGAAUUGGCUAUUAGGAGCGCUGCUUGUGUCAUGAAGGCCUCUGCCCCAGGGACUGUAAAGCUGGAGGGGAAGCUUAAAGGGAGUUAAGUAGGCAAAAAGCUGAUCCAAGGCUCCCUUGACAUUUUUGCCUCUGGCCUUUAGAACCACAGAUUCUUGUGAUUAGAGGAGUCACUGCCUCACUACCCUGGAGGCUGAGCUGUUUCAAUGGGAUGUAGCACUGAGAAGGAAGGUGUCUUGCUGGGUUUUCAGCUGUGCUUUAUGACACUGGAGAAUUCUUAACUCU